AUGGAGCUUAGAAGAAGUACUAGGUUAAAAAGGGCUAAUACGGACACCAGUGUGUCGAAAUAUAAUGCUUCAUCAGAGGACGAUUCGUUUCGGUUGUCGCCUUCACGAUCGCCGCCCACGACAGUGAUUCAGCAAUCUUCGUUACAGCAGCAGCAACAGUUCAAGACACAUAACCGUAAUACCAAGAAAUUACAAGUAGGCGGGGCCUCGAACCUGAUAAACAAAGUUAAUUUUCAUGAUGCGGUUUUGGCAAAGUUUCCCCGUCCAAAAUACCAUUGUAAAAGGACUGAGCCAACGUUUCGGUUUGCGGGAUUAAGCAAAAUCAAAGUUUCUGAGCUAGACAGAAUUAUUCAGGAUUUAACACAAUCACGCAACGAACAAGCAAGCAAGUUUGAUGGUAGUGUAGCCAACAGUAGCCACAGUCACGCUAGCCACAGUGGCAAAAACAGUAACAAUAGCAGCACUAAGGAAGUCAUAACUGACUCGGCUGGUUACGAGUUGUUCACAUAUCCUACAGAUCUGGUUGCCAUUGGAAAUAUCAUUCAGCAGAUAAGCCAGCUUAAAGAUGAGCUAGCAGUUACAACUGAUGACUAUGACCCAGAAAAGCUUAUUGCAGAUAUCAAAAAACAUGGAACGCAUUCUCUCAAUGAUAUCGAUCGCCAACUGGUCAGGUUAGCCGAGGAAAACCAUAGCGCUCCAGAUGAAGGCUGGCUUAAUGCUUUGGCGGAUAUCCAUGAUAUAAAUCUUCAGGAUAUCUCAGACAUGAUUGUAACCAGGAAUAUGAAGAAAACCGGUAUGAUGAACACGGGGCUCGGUAAUGUACAUUCUUCUAGGAAAGCUGAUAUUCAGUUCCUGUCCAACAAAUGGAAUAAACUACUAGCAAAGGAAAGAAACAUUACAUUAUAUUGGCCGAACAAAAAUUCCAAUAAGAAGACAUAUUGUUCUAUGAGUUCCAAUAACUUACUGAGUCAAUCUAACGUUAUCUCACCCGAUGCAUCAGGCAAUGCCGUUAACACAGUAUCUAAAUUAAAUGAACCUCUUAACACCGCGGUACAGGAAAAUCCCAGAGAUAAAUUUAAAGAUGUUCCUUUGCUUUUCUAA